AAUAUUUCUAUAAUGCAUUAUAGAUGAGAGCUUCUUAGAGCAUUCAUAAUGCAUAAUAAGCAUGGCUAUAAUAUGUUAUGCUUUUUGUAAAAAGUCAUAGCCGUGUUUAUAAUACUUUAUGAAUGCAUUAUGAAGGUAUCUAUAAUGUAGUAUGAUGAAUUCUUUAAAUCAAUCAUCUUCUUUUGACUGACUUGCGGCACUUGAGUAUACGGAAUGUGCUGGAAACAAGGUCCGGCAGAGCAGCUACAGCGCAGUGGCGCAGUCGGUCCGCAGUGGGCAUGCUCAGUCCGAGCCCCAUGCGGGCUGCGGAUCGCCUUCGGUUUCACGGCGACCACUGAAAUGAGAUAUUUGGGAGACCGAAGCUACUGUAAAUACACAGCGGUUUAAAUGAACGACAUCGACACAAAGCUGCAGUCGUGCGGCUGAAAAGAAAUUUAUGGCGUCAUCUGGAGGCGCGGCAACGGGUCCGGAAUCUGAUGCGCAAGCAGCACCAAGCGACCCGGAGCUCAGGAUGGUGCUGCUGGGAAAAACCGGCGCUGGGAAAAGUUCUUCUGGAAAUUCCAUCCUGGGAAGUGAAUUGUUCAAGGCUGAGGUGUCUCCCAGGUCCGUAACAAGCCAAUGCGAACGGAGGAGCAGCUGUGUGUCCGGGAGGUGCGUCACGGUCAUUGACACGCCGGGCUUUUUUGACACCCGGCGAUCCAAUCAGCAGGUGGCAGGGGAGAUGGCCCGAUGCAUCCUCCUGUCUUUGCCAGGCCCCCAUGCCUUUCUGGUAGUGCUCCAGGUGGGGAGGCUCACUCAGGAGGAGAAAGAUGCCCUGCAGUGGAUUGAGGUGACCUACGGGGAGAGGGCUUUGGAAUUCACCAUGGUCCUCUUCACCUGGGGGGACCAGCUGAGGGACAAGCCCAUUGAGAAGUACAUGGCGGAGAGCGAGGAGCUUCAGGAGUUCGUCCAGCGUUGCCGGGGAGGGUGUCAUGUCUUCAACAACACUGCACCAGGAAACCGGGACCAAGUCUCCACGCUGCUGGAGAAGAUAGAAAAGAUGGUGGAAGCAAAUGGGGGCAGCUUUUACACCAACGAGAUAUUUCAGGAGGCAGAGAGGGCAAUAAGGGAGGUGCAGGAGCAAUUAAUGGUGGAUAGAAGGUCAGAGGUGGAUGGGGAAGGACCAGAGAGUAAGGGGGAGCUGGACGAGAGGAUGGAGGAGAAAGCCAGGAAGCAAGCGGAGAGGCUCUUCUGGUGCGAAAUGAUCACUGCCGUUGGCAAGGGGGCGGCUGAGGGGGUGGGAAUCCUCAGCAAAGGGGAGAGUCCAAAGAGAGGGAAGGUGGCGAAAAAGGCGGUGCAACUGGCCUCCAGCCCACUGUCCCUGACAUCAGCAGCCAAGGCACUAGGGGGCGCCGUGAGGGAAGGCAGCAAGGUGCUGUACAAGCACCGCAAGACUUUCUUGCACUGAUUAACCGGGACGCUCACGUCGGUAGUGGGGUCCAUGUGGUCUGCAUUUUGCUAAUUGAGUGAUACUAUGGGUAAGAGGUGGUGGGAAUCCUCAGCAAAGGGGAGAGGGUAAGAGGUGAUGGUUUUUGGCCGAUAGAAAUAUGCAGGAUUAUAAGGUUUGAGGAGGUAGAAAGACUGAAAUUUUCACACACCAUUGCUGGGCUUCUGUACAGGAAGACAUGGUCAAAAGAAUAUUCCCUAUGUUUCAUAAUAAAAGUCCUACCAAAAUCA